UGCUGAGGGACAAAUCAAAGUAUGGGACGGUCUGAUGGGACAAGAUUGGAUUGCCGAUGAAAUGAGCAAAUACGAACAAGAAUAUUGCGACUAUCGAGAUAUUAAAGUUUUGAUAUGCUCAUGGAAUAUUGAUGCCUCAAAACCUACAGAUUUAGAACGAUCUCAUGAUGCCAUCAAGUUCUUAAGGCUCUGGUUUACGAGUACCAAGUCUCCCGAUAUAAUUGUCAUAGGAUUUCAAGAAAUCAUAGACUUGGAGUCAAAGAAGCAAACCGCCAAAACCAUCUUGACAAAGAAGAAGGUUGAGAAGCAAAAUGCUGCGAACUUGACACAACGUUACAAAGCAUGGCAUGAUAAGCUUGUUAAGGCGGUCCGUGAGUACGCAACGGGCGGAGAACAGUAUGAAGUUAUCAGUUCGGAUCAUCUUGUCGGAUUAUUCACAUGCAUCUUCGUGAAAAAAUCCGAACGUGGAUAUAUAGAUCAUAUCGAUGUUGCCAUGAAGAAAACCGGAUUAAAAGGGUAUCAUGGAAAUAAGGGUUCAAUAGCAACUCGGUUUGUAUACGAGGAUUCAUCAAUAUGUUUUGUGAAUUGUCAUUUAGCCGCAGGACAAGCACAAAUAAAAGAGCGAAAUACAGAUGUUGGCAACAUAUUAGAUAACACAGAAUUUCCGUUACGCGCCGUAGAUGAAUCAAUUUUUGUUCACGGAGGCGACGGUACAAUGAUAUCGGAUCAUGAGAUUUGCUUCUUAAGUGGCGACCUGAACUACCGAAUUGACAUGUCACGUGAAGAUGUAUUGAAGGCAGUCAAAAAUAAAGAUUACGCAUUAUUAUUAGAACAUGAUCAAUUAUAUAAACAGUUUGAGCGGAAUCCCGGUUUUCGAUUACGACCAUUCUCGGAAGGAAGACCGAAUUUUGCACCAACCUAUAAAUAUAAUCCGGGAGAGGAUCAAUAUGACACCUCGGAAAAGAAACGUACACCAGCUUGGUGCGAUAGAAUAUUAUAUCGAGGACCAAAUAUCGCGCAAGAGCAUUACGAAAGGUAUGAGUGUAAUGUAUCUGAUCAUAGGCCAAUCAGUGGUGCAUUUAAGCUUUCAAUUAAGACUAUCUUGAAAGACAAGCGGUUUGAGGUUGAAGAGGAGGUGGCGAGAGCGUGGGGGAAAAACGUGGAAAAGGAGAAAACCAAGAUAAAGGAGAAAUUUUUGAAAAGCUGUGGGUUCGAGCACAAGAUGGUCAGUAAAACAUUGAAAGAAACCAAUGGAAAUUUGAGGAAAGCCUUUGACUUCUUGAAAAAUAAUGGAACGGAUGAGAGAGUUCGAAGAAAGAGAUAUUGA